AUGUCAAACCAUAAUGAUAUUGAGAAUGAAUCAAUCAAUCAAUCUAUCCCGGUGACAACCAUUGCUAGACUUUUUAAAGAAUUAUCUUUCAAAGAUCCACAAACAAGAAUCACAUUGAGUACUUUAGAAUUAUCAUCUGAAUAUAUUAAAUUAUUCAUUAAUGAAGCCAUUAUUCGUGCUAAUGAAGAACGUAUAGAUGAGGGUGAUACUUUAAUAAGAAUAGAUGGUAUUGAUAAUGUGGCAUCCACUACCAGCAGAAAUAAUCAUGAAGAAACUCAAUAUCCAACAAUAGAUGAAAUUGAAGAUUCCAUGAGAAUUGAUGAUUAUAGUAACAAUAUUAACAUUGACCCUAUUGAAGAUGAUGAAGAUGACUUGAUUGAUGAUGACUAUUUUCAAGAUGAAUCAGAUACUCAAAGACAAUUACGUCAAGCAAUGAAUACUGUGAAUAAUACAACUAGGAAUAACAACAACAAUAAUAAUGGUACGACUACUACCACUACCACUACUACUACUAAUAAUAAUAAUACUAAUCAUGCUGAAAACAUCCUAGAUUCAAGACAUCUAGCGAAAAUUGCUGGGAUAUUAACUCUAGAUUUCUAG